GUUAUUCCACAUUCUGCACUCGGCAGUGGGAAAUCACAUAAACUACGGCAAAGUGCAAAUGGUAAAUGGUAUAUGGUAAAUGGUAAAUGGUAACGGGAGACUGUCACAGCAUUUAAAUGAACUGAAUGCGUGCGAUCAUGAGUCAGAGCUGAGCAGACAUUCGGGUAUAAAUAUGCUCCACGAAGAGCAGUGGGAUAUCAAACAGUUUCUAGCCUUCCGAAGAAGCAAAACAACGAAAUAUACCACCAUGCUCAAAUACGCCGUCGUCGUCCUCGCACUCGUUGCCUGUGCUGCUGCCAAGCCUGGACUUCUGGGUGCUCCCCUGGCCUACUCUGCUCCUCUGACCUACUCUGCUCCCCUGGCUUACACUGCUCCUGCUGCCGUGGUAGCUGCUCCCGCUCCAGUUGUGACUGCCACCAGCAGCCAGGUGAUCGCCAGGAACUUCAAUGGAAUCGCCGCCGCUCCUGUGAUUGCUCCCGUGGCUGCUCCAGUAGUGGCCAAGUACGCUGCUGCUCCUCUGGCAGCUCCGUUGGCUGCUCCUUUGGCCUAUUCGUCUCCUUUGGCGUACUCCGCUCCGCUGGCUUACACUUCUCCACUAGCCUAUAAAGCGCUUCCGGCUGCCGCUUCAGUUCUCUUAUAA